AUGGCCACUGAUCCAGAGAGCCCUGAUGAUGGUGGGCAAGGCAACGAAGACUUCCCAGACAUGCGAAGUGGUAGCGAUGCGACCGAGUUUCCUCCAGAGGAACCACCUCUCUUGCCCUACCGGCCUCUGCUUGAACGACUGGACGAGCUUGCCGUCGACGGCCGCUGCGACCCCGGUGUUUCCGACGACGACGAUGAACCGGUGGGUCCCGAUGGUGGGUGGGCCAACUACCAGCAGUGGCAUGGAGAUGGUGUGGUGACUGAUUUGGACGAUUCUCGCGACGAACUCGAUUUGAAGGACUCCGAUGACCCACCAGAUACUACUGCGGGGUACAGAGAGUGGGGGGAAUCGAAGCGACUUGACGAACUGCAUAUCGGUCUUGGUGGCAAAGUCAUGAAGGGCGGGGCACCUUGUCCACAAGUACCAAGUAUCGGAGGCCAUGUUGACGGGUCUAUUGGCUAUUCGCGCACGCGUCACAACCUCAAAGGUUUCGACGUUGACGACAUCCGACACAUUACAGCGAAACACUUCUACGGCAGGAGAAGAGAUCACCACCCACUUUUAGAGGUAGUCGAGACCUUUGUACCCUCCUCGAAGGACAACGGAACUUCUGUGCCUGUUUACGAUAUACCGUGCAACCUGCUCGUGAACCGUAAGAUACAAUCCCCGUCUUUCAUCGAGACAUGUGCAGAAUUCGGGCGCAACCACCUUUUCUCGGUGCCAGAGCCGGCAGGCAACGCGUUGAGUACGAGCAUGCACGGUAGACUCGCUCGAAACUCCCCUUUCUUUGGUUUUGAUGGCCUGUUGGGGGCUAGGACCGGCAACCGCAAGGUUUACGUGAACGACGUUGUCAUGGUAACCAUGAGCGACGGAAACACGGUUCCAGUUAGGCUGCUGGAAUGGUAUUGGGAUAUGGAGCAGGGUACGUUUUUGGUUGCCGUCCGACGUUUCCGGACCCGGAAUGAGGUUCGCGACGUACAAGGUGGUGAGAGAAUCGAGGGACUUGUACGUGUGUGGGAGGAGGAAGGCACGAGUUCCAAGGUUAUUGUGCACAGCACGACGAUCCGGGACCUCUGCGAAAUAUACACGCGCGAAGAGGUGUCCAGAUCGAUGCAUCUCGAAGAUGAGUGGGAAGGGGGCGUUCGUUGGGCUGUUUGGGAUGCUUUCGUAGGGGAGGGCUUUAUCGUGAAGCGGCAGAAACGAAGAAGGCAAGGAGACAGUUUUCGGAGCCCGCCUCCCUUCGUGGAGUCGUCAGCAUCGUGGGCAAGGGAAGGCACCGGUGAUGAGCCCCUGUUUGGCAUCCGAAAGAAAGACUUCCGGUACAACAAGAAAAAUCUCGUCUUCGCGAGCAUCCCGUUCUGUGUCUUCAACGAUGCUUUCAACGCAUGGUCAAUGUCCAUCAAGGUGCAACGUAGGCGUUCCGAGACACUCCUCGGCACCACCGCUUCGCCGGGGGCAUGGGUCGAGGGGGAGAUCUCGCUACAGGCAAGUGUUAUGGGCGAGCUACAGCGAGGCUGUGAGGCGACAGCAAUAGUUCGUGCAGCGGAUGGACGAGUGCUCGACGUCGAGGCAAGUGCUAUUUUUCUACACGGGGGUCCGCUCUCGUGGGUGUCUGACCUCCCACAAAUAGCGAAGAUCCUGUACUGCAAACACCCCAACAAUUCCACCAAGCUACCGUGCCCAUAUUGCAAGGCCGAACAAGACGAACGUCUUCCAACUUGCGGCGACCUCGGGAACGCAAGGUACGACGUUGAGGCAAAUAGGCGGACGUGGGGGGAAGCCCAAGAUGGCUGGCGCGAGUUGCAGGCAUUGGACUUGGCCCCGAAUGGGCAGACGAAGCGCUCGGCGGAACUAGGAAUAGUGGCGCCUACGGGGGUUAGCGGCGGUGUCCUCGGACGCCCGCUGUGGGACAAGGUGUUUAUCAACCCUGCACGGCACGUCCCCGUCGAGAGUCUUCAUGCCGAUGCGCUGGGGGCGCAGGCGUUGGUGCAGGUUUUUUUUCUGGCCCUCCUGAACGAAGCUGGCCGGGGAGUGAUCUCUUCCAUCAAAGAGUACGUGAAGCCGCGAGAGCUACAAGCCUUGAAAGACACAUGGGGAGGAGAGCAGGCCGUGUUGGCGCAACUGCGGAAGCUGUUGCAAGUGGCGUAUGCUCUGACGUUCGCAGUUUGUUCGCCGUCCUUCGAUAAGGCUGAACGCAAAAAGCUCAUGGAGCAUGCCCGGGACACGGUGGGGGUGCAUGCGGAAUUGCUAGGGAGGGGAGGCGUGAGGGCAACCGUGCACUCUGCUCUGCACUACGUCCCGGCCAUUGAAGACCAUGUUGACGGUAACCUUGCGGAGAGAGUGUGCGCUUUGCCACUGGAGAGCUACAUAUUCGAUGAGGUUGUUGGGGUAGACGAAAUAGAAACACGUUACGGUGAAUAGGAGUUAUUGUCAUGUGCAUGCGCCGGAUACACGCGGACACACGCGGAGAGGAGGUAGAGUUUUCUUGAGCAUUUGGGAUGGAUGGAGUUGAUGGAGCGAUGGGGCGCCGGCGUGCAGCGUGUGGGGUGUGUGCGGGCGCUCGAAGGAGAGGGGGAGAGGGUUGGGGGGGACUGCG